GGGGGCGCACUCUCUCCCUUGCCGACACGUCACAACAUCCCUUCAAGGGGCUCCCUUGCCUGCCUUGCUGCCAGUGUUCAAAAACAUCAGUGAACCACAUCCGACUCUUCUCCAAGAUCCAAGACACCCUGUGCAAGAGCCAGCCCAAGAACAUAACCAAGCUUCUUCCAUGUUUGACUACGGUUUAAUGGUGGCAACUGGUCUGAUGGUGAUGAAGUGAUUGACUACGCAGAGGUGCAGGCGAGUGGAAUGUUGCGCUGGUCGGUCCACCUUGAAGGAGGGCCACGGAGAGUCAAUCAUGCCGCAGUGGCCGUGGGGCACAAGGUCUACACCUUUGGGGGCUACUGCUCCGGCGAAGACUAUGAGACGCUCCGUCAGAUCGAUGUGCAUGUUUUCAACACUGUGUCCAUGCGCUGGAUGAACUUGCCCCCAGUGAGGCCAUUGGGACAUGAGCGGGCUCGUGAAGUGCCAUACAUGCGUUAUGGUCACACGGCGGUGCUACUGGAUGAGACCAUCUACUUGUGGGGGGGGCGCAAUGACACCGAAGGGGCCUGCAAUGUGCUGUAUGCAUUCGACGUCAAUACCCACAGAUGGUUCACACCCAAAAUUUCUGGAACCGUUCCAGGGGCAAGAGAUGGCCACUCGGCCUGUGUACUGUUGAAGGCGAUGUAUAUAUUUGGAGGUUACGAGCAGCUGGCUGAUUGCUUCUCCAAUGAUAUCCACAAGCUGGACACCACUACCAUGCAUUGGUCUUUAAUUGAUACCAUGGGCAUUCCAGCAAGCUGGCGAGACUUCCACUCAGCAACCAUCAUUGGUACAAAAAUGUUUGUAUUUGGAGGGCGAGGAGCAUUUGGUCCAUUCCAUUCCCACAAUGAGAUCUACUGCAACCAGAUAGAAGUUUUUGAUACGCAGACCAAUACCUGGCUGAGCAGCCCCGCAACACAGCUCUCACCUGAUGGACGAAGAAGUCACUCAGCUUUUUGCUACAAGGGAGAGCUAUACAUAUUUGGAGGAUACAAUGCCAAUAUGGACCAGCACUUCAAUGAUCUCUGGAAAUUCAGUCCAGAAGCCUUUUUAUGGACAAAAAUAGAACCCAAGGGGAAAGGCCCAUGUCCUCGGAGACGUCAGUGCUGCUGCAUGGUUGGAGAUCGAAUCAUCCUCUUUGGAGGAACCAGUCCCUGUCCUGAGCAAGGAAUGGGUGAUGAAUUUGACCUCAUGGAUCAUUCAGACCUCUACAUCUUAGAUUUCUGUCCUAAUUUGAAAACAUUAUGCAAAAUAGCUGUAAUUCAGUACCGUCUGGAGCAGUCGGGCCUCCCGCAUGAUAUCAGGUGGGAACUGUCUGCCAUGACCACCAACAGCAACAUCAGCAGGCCAAUCGUCUCCACCCAUGGCUGAAAGAUAGCUGAAUAUGAAACAGAAGCAUAUUUCCUUUCUGCCAAGUCCACUUGAGCAUGGAUGAACUGUUUUGUCAAACACAGAUCUGUGCUGGAUUUAAUCUAAUUUUUCCAAAAAUGUCCCGGAAAGGACUUGUUUGGACUCAGUGGACUUUCUCAUGCUCAGGAUAUUUAACAAGAGGAAAAGAAAAAUGGGUGAGACCCAUUCACCGGCUCUCUCUCCCUCUCUCUUAAUUUUUUUGGGGUGUUGUCAUUUGAAAUUCAAUCAGCCUAUGAUAAUCAUAAACUUUGAAGCACAGAAAGAACUAGCAAAAAAAACAAGCCAAUGUUGAUGUCAUCAAACACAACUAAGCUUCUUUGAGAGAACACAAUCUCUAGAUGGAGACUUAAAUAGUUCUUGAGAAUGUACUUUUAUGUCUAUAUAUACCAGGCUUGUCCAUUUGCAGCCAAUGCGUAAAAAUGUUGAUUAUUGGGUGUCGUACUGGUUUUAAAAACAAAAGACUAUUGAGAUGCUUAACUUUUGCUCUUGCUUCAUCACCAACCCGGCCGGGAGCACCCCACUGCCACCCACUGCCCAACAGUGACUCAACUCUCAUUUACUAGGCAGUUGUGACCACUUCAUCCAUCUCAAUGUCUUAAACAAGACCUUCCCAUGUCAAUACAUAACAUUUCUGUGGCUGUGCUGUUACUCACCUGCUAAACAACCCCCGCUUCGCUGUGCCAAAUGUAAGAAAUCAAUCACAGUGUAAUUGCAUAGUGUGACAUUUACACUUGUUGAAUAUGCAUCACCAAACUUUUUUAGACAAUCCAUGUGGUGUUAGACACUUUUCUCAUUACUUGCUUGUUGACUCCAGAGGGAGCGUGCACAUGUUUCCAUGCUCACAAGUGAGGUGAUACAACUGCAUAAGGGCUGCCUUAAAAUCUUCCUCUCUAGAACGCUCAUCCAGAUUCAUUUAAUUGUAAGUAUAUAUCAUAAAACGUGUGUAAUUUAUUGCACAUCACUUGAAAUCACUAAACAGCUAUUCAUUUGCAUUCUUUUUUUAUAUUUGACUGUUAAAAGUCUAGCUGAAUUUUACACCAGAUAUACAGGACAAAUACUUUGGGCCGUCACUCACCUUGUUUCAUAAUUAAGCUCUUUCACAGAAUUCAUUUUGACAUUGUAAACCAGUAAAUAGUACAACAGAUGCAUUUAGUAUUAUUGAGGGAAUACUACAAUUCCUAUUUCCAUAAAAAAAAAUAUGUUACAGUAUAGGGUGCUGCUUAUCCAUCCAUCCAUUCAUUUUCUGAACCGCUUAUCCUCACUAUUAUUAUUGUUGUUAUUAUUAUAAUUCAUCCAUACAUUAUCUGAACCGCUAACCAUCAUGAGUGUCGCUGAUGCGGUGGAGCCAAUCCCAGCUGACUUCAGACAGAUUAUUAUUAUUAUUGUCAUUACUACUAUUAGGGUAUUAACUAUUGUACUGGUGGCUCCACCCAGCCCCCAGAAUUACAAUUGCAGAAUUAGUAGUCUGCUCGCUAGGACAUAUUGGAGAGACAUACAGCUCUUUUCAUGCGUGAUUGUCAUUGCUAAAAUGUUUGUAUGCAUAACCAAGGGUCUGUUCCUCUACUGUCAUUUUUUUAACCUAAUUCAAAAAAGUCUAAAAAUACAUUUAUUGAAGACUGUUUUCAGUCAAGUCCAUAUUUACAGCCUCAACUCACUGUGUUACCUUUGUAUGGAGGGUAAGAAGUGCUAUGAGGUUCUUGUGACACAAGCAAUAGGAGCUUUGUACUGUUGUGGAAGAAAUUAUGGCUAAAAUAAACCCAGCAGCAGCACCCUGGGCUCUCGCAGUGCAUCGGCCUGCGUCAUAAAUGUUUACAAAUCAGUUUACAUUAAAUUUCAGGUUUAAGACAGCAGAUUAGGGCACUAAAGCAUAUCAGGACAGUCAGAGGAGACAAAAUGCUGAUCUACAAUCUAAUAGAGACCACAAAGCAAAGAUGAAUUGUAACACUCUUUCUCACUCACGCACAUUUACGUACUCACAUAGACACCUCACACACAAUACUGCUCACUAAAUUAGUGCACACCAGCUUCUAAAAACAAGUCAAACACUGAAUGGCCAUCAGUAAUUUGCUAUUAUUUCUAAUUCUAUUGAAUGGUGAUGGUGUUUUUCCUUUUUUUGUGUAUUAAUAUGGGUGAUGGAACACUUCAGGGACAAAAACACAUUGAUUGAAGGACACUGUUGGGCAACUCAUUUUACUCUGAUAAUGAUGCAUACACCUUCACUCAUGAUGCGAUUGAUGGGUGCGUUCGCUUAAAUAUUUUGACCUCAUGUUUUUAAUGGCUGUGAUUUAACCCACCCUUUAAGAUACAAUUUAAAAAAAUGUUGGAGGGGUGUGCCUUGGUUUCCAAAAUGGGUAACGCUGUCGGACUGUCGUACCAGCGACUGUAUUGUGCACACUGAGAUGGCAUAGUAGUAUAUUGUAUCCAUUUGUUGUUAUUAACAAAUUGUGUACGGUAAAGGGACAAAAUAUAGAGCGUAUUCAACAUUUAAUUAUCCACAUAUACCUCACCUUUCACCUUGCCCACCUUUUUCCUUUUAUUGUUUACUGUUUUCAGGACGAUUGUAAAAGUUGGUCAGGACUUCCUCUGCAAUAUGAUUUAUAACAAAAUCAGUAAUAAAUCUAAGACAGUUUGA